AUAUGAGCUUGCGGUUAAAUUGGUUCUCUUAAUUUCUUUUUAAUUUAAUAUUAAUAAUUUUAAUAAUAAUUUAAAUUUUAAAUAAUAUUAAUUAAAAAUUUUUAUAUAAAAAUGAAUUUAUGCGGUAUUUGUUGCUGUUGCAAAUCUAAAGAUGAAAAUCUUGAAUCACAAUUACCAGAUUCAAGAAGAAAUUCUGAUAUAAACAAUAAAUCACCAAGAGCAACUAAUAUUACUAGACCAGAUAUUUUUGUUGAUCCAAAUGAUAGAAAUAAACCAAUAUUUGUUAUUAAACCAGACUCAAAUUUAUCUCAUGACAAAUCGAUCAUACAACAGCCGAUCAUACAAGAACCAAUUAAACAACAACCGAUCACAGAACAACCGAUCAUACAACAGCCGAUCAUACAAGAACCAAUUACACAGCAACCAAUCACACAACAGCCGAUUAUUCAGCAACCAAUUAUUCCGCAACCAAUCGAACAACAUGCAGUCAUACAACAACCGUUCGAACAACAGUCAAUCAUACAACAAACUAACGUAGAACAGCCAACAAAGAACAAUACUUAUUUUAGUUCAAUAAACAAUGAAAGUAUUCUUAAUGUAUCAAGAAAUAUUACUAUUAAUAAUAGUAGAGUAGGGAAUACUUCAGGUGGCUGUAAAAUUGAAAUAAUAACUUAUGAAAAUGGUCGAGAAGUUAAAAAACUUAUUCAAUUACACAAUUCGAAUGGUUCUUCCGGCCAACAUAUAAAUUUAAAUAUUCAACGAGGAGGAAUAACAAUAAAUGGUGGUAUUGAAAAUGAGGGCUUCGAACUAAAUGAAAUUAGCGAUGACGAAGAAAUAGAAGAACCGCCUAAACCUAUUUUAGAAAAACGUCAGAAAUAUGAAAAUAUUUUCAAAAAUACGAAUAAUCAAGAUCAAAUUGAUAACAAUAGAAAGGAAUACGAAGUUUUAAAAGAAGCUGAAAGUUUGGAACAACAAACUUUAAAAAAAUUUGAAGAAUUAGAAAAACACAAUUUAAAAAGACAAGGAAGCUUAGAAAAAGAAUUCCAAAGACUGUUCUUACAAGCAUUCGGUGAUAAAAUAGAAGAAUUUAAUAAAUCAAAGAACAAAAAUGUCCAAACAUCAGAUUUUGUACAGAAAAAUCAAAAAGUUGAUAUUAAACCACCAAUAAAUAACAUUCCCUCUUAUGCUGCAACUGUUGAUAAUAUAAAAAAUAUUCGCUUAAGUUGCUUAGAACUUCAUAAUAGAUUUCGUUAUAAACAUGGUUGUCCACCAUUAAAAGAAAACGAUAAAUUAAAUAAACUUGCCGAAGAUUGGGCUAAUUAUUUAAUGAAAAAUAAUAAAUUGGAGAACGAUACUAGUACAGAAGAUUAUGGACAAAAUAUAUAUAGUAUUACAUCAUUUAAUGCUCAUGUUACAAUGGCUGUACAAUAUUGGUAUGAUGAAAUUAAAAAUUACAAUUUUAGUAAUCCGGAUCCAACAGAAAUGUCACAAAGGGCUGGUAAUUUUUGUCAACUUAUAUGGAAAGAUACUGUUCAAUUAGGAACAGGUGUUGCAAAAGUCGGCGAUAAAAUGAUUGUUGUAUGCUUCUAUUAUCCACCAGGAAAUUACAGAGAUCAAUUUAAUAAUUACAUGAUACCGCCAUUAGUAAAUGAAGAUCGUCUUACCAAUACUAUGAUUAAACAACAAAUAGAAGAGAUUCGUGAGAGUUCAUUAAGAAUUCAUAAUCGUCUUCGUACAUUACAUGGAUGUCCUCCUUUAAGAAGAUCAAUUGAAUUAGAUGAAAUAGCCGAAGAGAAAAUAGAUUAUAUAGAAGCAAAUAAUGGAAAACUACCACCUAAAUCAUCAUCCGAAAAUUAUUUAGAAAAUAGUUUAGAAUCAAGUCAACCAUUUUAUCAUAUUAAUGGAGCUGUAUUGUUUUGGUAUGAUUUAGGUUUUAAAGAAUAUAAUUAUGAUGGUAAAGAGAAUACGAAUCGUAUAUAUAGAUGUUUUACUGCAAUGAUAUGGCGUGAUUCAAUUUAUUUAGGAACAGCUGUUCGAAGAAUUGGAAACGAUAUUCGAUUUAUAUGCGUUUAUAGUCCGGCUAUGAUCGAAAAUCAUAUGUAUAAAGAUUAUUUAAUACCAAGACCAAUAACGGAUAAAUUAUAUUUACCACUCGAUGAUUAUCCAGAUGAAAUGAGAUGGAGUAGUUUAAAAGCACAUAAUAUUUUAAGACAUUUACAUGGCUGUCCACCAUUAAUAAGUAAUCCGAAAUUGGAUAAAUGUGCAGAAGAAUGGGCACAGCAUUUAGCAAUGACUAAACAAUUUUAUCAUCGUCCAAAUAAUAAAUAUGGUGAAAAUUUAUAUUGGACAAGUGAUAAAUAUGGACAUGUAACAUUAGCUGUACAAGAUUGGUAUGAUGAAAUAAAUUUAUAUGAUUAUGAAGCACCAGGAUUUAGUAAAGCAACUGGUCAUUUUACACAAUUAAUAUGGAAAGAUUGUCUUGAGUUGGGAACUGGUAUUGCUAGAGGGCACGGUCGUUUGUAUGUUGUAUGCGUAUACGAUCCUCCAGGAAAUUACAAAGAUCGAUUUAAUGAUUAUUAUAAAAAUAAAAAUUUAAAAUUAGAAUCAAGACCAUCGAAUGCAAUAAAAUCAAAUCGAUUACGUUUAUCUUCAACAUCGAAUGGAAUAACUGUUAAUGUUCAUCCAACAGAACCUAAAAAUGAAAAUCCAAUUUUCAUAAAUCGACCAGAUACGACGACAACAACAAUUAUUAGUGAACAGCCAAAAUCAACUUCAAAAAUUGAAACAAACGAAGAUAAAAACAAUUAUGAAUCGAAAGUUAAAGAACAAAUGAUUAAAAAUUUAGAACGUACUCUAGAUUGUACAGAAAUAAAAUAUAAUAAUAACACAAAUAAAACAGUUAUUAAUGAAUCACCGGAAAUAAAUUAUUUAGAUAAAUUGUAUGCUGGAUGUGAUAAUUUUGCAUAUGUUGAUGAAAUUGACAGUGGCUCCAUUGAUAAUAAAUCAAAUACAAUAAUUAAUCAAAAAAUUCGAAACAAACAAAUAAAUAAUGAUGACGUUAACACAAAUACUAGUUCAAUAAAAAAAAUAAAUAUUGUUAAUAUUGAGUGUUCUGUCAACACUUAUAGUGAAGAAAAUGAUUGUACCUGUCAAAUAAUUACAACUGUUGAGAAUGGCAAAGAGAUAAAAACGAAAAUAGAGAAUUCAACAAGCUGUGAAAAAUGUGGAAUUCAAAAUGAUGGUUUUAAAAUUGAUGAAAUAAAUAAAAGUGAAAAUGGUGAAAUAACACCACCUCUAGAAAAAGAACCAAAUUUUGAUGAACGUCGUAAAUUAAUGAUAGAAAAAUCACUUGAUAAAUUUUUUGAAAAUUUCAAUACAAAAUUACAAUCAACUUCAAAAACACAUGUUCCAGAUGAAGUUGAUGCAAUUAUUGAUUCAUCAAAAUCAGAGGAGAAUUCUAAACCAGUAGUGCCAUCAAACAUUGAAAAUAUUCGUUUAAGUUGUUUAGAAUUACAUAAUCGAUUAAGAGCACAACAUGGUUGUCCACCAUUAAAACAAAGUAAAGUAUUAAAUCAACUUGCUGAAGAUUGGGCUCACAAUUUAAUUAAAAAUAAUUGUAAAUUAUUACAUCGUCCAAAUAAUAAAUAUGGAGAGAAUUUAUAUUGGACAAAUAGUCGUAAUGCACACGUUACGAUGGCUGUAUAUACAUGGUAUGAUGAAGUAAAAUCAUAUGAUUUUAAUAAUCCCGAUUUUUCAAAAGACACUGGACAUUUCACACAACUAAUAUGGAGAGAUACUAUUGAAUUAGGUACAGCUGUUGUUGUACGAGGUUCCGACAUGAUUGUGGUUUGCAACUAUAAUCCACCUGGAAAUUACAGUGGAGAAUUUAAUGAUUAUACAGUGCCACAAUUAACAGCUGAGGAACAACUUACAAAUGAUAUGAUUGAACAUUAUAUUGAAAAUAUUCGUGAAAGUUCAUUAAUUACACAUAAUCGCCUUCGUGCAUUACAUGGUUGCCCUCCAUUACAAAAAUCCAAUGAACUUGAUACAAUUGCUGAGAGAAUGUUAGAACAUGUCGAGAGAACUGGAAAAGUUCCAAAAUUUCGUAAAAAUCAAGAUAUGGCUGUAAGUUCUACAACAUCAAAUAUUGCAUUUAUGCAUGUUACAAAUGCUAUACAAAGUUGGUAUGAUGAAGGUGCAUUAACUUAUGAUUACAAUGAACAAGAAGAAAAUGAUUCUGGUGGCUUUAUUCAAUUAAUUUGGCGUGAUACUUUACUAUUAGGAACUGCUAUGAGAAGAAUUGAUGAAGAAAUUUGGAUAUUAUGUGUUUAUAGUCCAUCAAGAUUACCAAAUCAUAUGUAUAAUGAAUAUUUAAUACCUAGACCAGUUACAGAUAGAUUACACAAACCAUUAGAAAUGUACCCUAAAGAAUUAAGACAGAGUUCUUUAACAGCUCAUAAUCGAUUUAGAAGUUUACAUAAUUGUCCUCCACUAGUACAAAAUCCUGAAUUAGAUAAACUUGCCGAGGAAUGGGCAAAACAUUUAGCUGAAAUUAAUAAACUUUAUCAUCGUCCAAAUAGUAAAUAUGGUGAAAAUUUAUAUUGGACAAGUGAUAAAUAUGGACAUGUAACAAUGGCUGUACAAAGUUGGUAUGAUGAAAUGAAAUUUUAUGAUUUCAGUAAUCCAAAUUUUAGUUCUGAAACGGGUCAUUUUACACAAUUAAUAUGGAAAGAUUCUAUUGAAUUGGGAACUGGAAUUUCUAGAAGAGGUGACAGUUUAUAUGUUGUAUGCUUAUAUAAUCCACCAGGAAAUUAUGUAGGAAGAUUUAAUGAAUAUUACGUUCCAAGACCAAUUGAAUUUUAACUAUAGAAAUUUAUUAAUGAAUUUUAAAAAUUUGUAGUUGAUUAUGUAA